AUGGAAUCUGUCCUUUCACUAUGGAUUGAAGACUGCCGUAAAAGGGACAUCCACUUGCAGAUCAAUGUGAUUCGGAAGAAGGCUUUGAAUCUUUAUGCAAAGCUUGUUGAAGAUGAUACACAGGACCCACAGCCAGGAACAUCAACACCACCACGACCUGGAAAUUUUCAGGCUAGCAGAGGGUGGCCUGAGUUACAAGUCUGCAAACCCCAGGGCCCUCAAGAACAAAAUAAGAAUGCCCUACCUGUCUACUGGAUGCAUAAUCCCAAGGCCUGGAUAACCAAAGUCAUAGCAUCCAACUGGUUCCACCGUAGUUUCAUACCUGAAGUGGAGAAAUACCUCCUUAACCUAGGCUUUGAAUUUAUGGUGUUGCUACUCAUGAACACUGCCGAAGGGCACCCUUUAGAUCUGUCGUAUGAUGGUGUGCAGAUCGAAUUCCUCCCUUCCAACACCACCUCCCUCAUACAACCUAUGGACCAAGGCAUGAUCCGUGAAUUUAAGGCCCUCUACACACGCAACUCUCUCCAACACCUGGUGAAUGCAAUGGAAAUGAUGGAGGAUUUCACCUUAAAAGAAUACUGGAAAAAAUUCACCAUAGCGUCGUGCCUUUCAAUAAUUCAGUCUGCCCUCAAAGAAAUGAAAAAUGAAACACUCAAUACGUGCUGGGAAAAACUUUGGCCAGAUGCAGUCCGUGACUCUGAGGGUGAGGGCUUCUUGCCAGAGGAGGUUCACAAUGAGGCUGUCAACAAGGCUGUGAGAUUGACAAAAUUGCUUGGGGGAGAAGGAUUUGAUGAUUGCAGUGAAGAAGAAGUCACACUCAUCGAUGCCCACUCUGACCCCCUGACAGAUGAUGAUUUGCUUGAGCUGACCAAGUCAGCAAGUGAAGAGGGAGAUAAAUCAGCUCAAGAACAACAAGAGGAGGAUGAGGGUCUUUUAAUUGAAUGUCUUGGCAUAAUCAUGAGGACUAACAGCAGUUGCAAUCCUACAUAG